CAAGAUUCGCCAGUGUGAAAUAGUUUCGCGCCUUACGCAAAUACGUCUUAAAGGGACCGCAAGUGCUUAUGUCAACGCCGCAGUGACGGUAAGGAAGUACGCUGAAGUUGUCGCCAUCUUGGAAGUGGCUUUUCAUCAAGAUGCCGAAGUCGUGUUCUGCCUGGGGUUGUAAAAAUCGAUGCACACGCAUUGCUAGAUCGAGAGGAAUCACUUUUCACAAGUUCCCCAAACGUGUGGAUAUAAGGAAACAAUGGGAAGUGGCCCUAAAAAGGAACCAUUUCAGCGCCACUCGGGCAUCCGUACUUUGUAGCGCUCACUUCAGACCAGAGGAAUUCGACUGCACGGGACAAACCGUCAGACUCAGAGAUGGCGUUAUUCCCUCCGUUUUCACAUUCCCUGCUCAUCUGCAAAAACAUGUAAAGACUCGGACCACCCGGACGUCAAUAAAGGCUCAGGAGAGCAGCAAUUCCAUUGACUUUUCAAGACCACAACAAAGCAAGACACCACACCGGUCCAGACCUGUCCAGCAGCCAGUACCGCAGCCUGCACCCAACGAUGACCACCUUUAUGCACUUCCAACAUCUCCCUCUGACAUCACAGCCAAACUCAAUCAAGCUCUAGCCAGGGUGGAAAGUCUGGAAAGACAUAUAAGAAAUGCCAAGGAUCGUGAACGAAAGGCGAAGAGCAUAGUCCACGCUCUCCUGGAAGACCUGAGGCAGAAAACACUAAUAAACGAGGAACUGAAAGAGAGACUUGAUUUGUGCUCUGGUGAAUACAGCACCUUCUUCGACCAAUGAGCCGAUCUUUGUCGAUCGUUCGAUUGUGGUUUCGCCUGGAGACAAGGUUCUGGAGACAGUUGUGGAUGUGAUGCCGACAACCAAGACAUCUGUUUGUUUGUACAUCCUCAUUUUAAUACAUCUUCUUCUCUGGUGAUGUUCCUAGACAACAUGAUUUGUAAAUAAAAGUUGACUUGAUAUUUGUACCUUUGUGUCCUGAGU